CUUACGCGAUGACGCAAAGCGACAACUGCGGGUCCCGAUUGCUGCAGCCGCUUGUCAGUGUGACGAAGAUUGGCACUCAGGUUGGCUACCUGUCUCUACUUUCUAUAAUGCCCCAGUGUUUGCAGCAUCUGCAGUGAACGUGAUGGCAGCCCAGUCGCUUUCCAUAGACAAGUACCCAAAGGGGGAGCAGCAGAUGCACAGUGUGGUAAAGGUAGACAGCGAUUCGGAGCAGAAGUUUAUUGACGAGACGUUGGCAGAGGCGCCCAGCCCAGCACCCACAGAGCCGCAGACACCCAUGGACGCAGACAAAGCUUCCAUAUAUCGCCAUCCCCUGUUCCCUCUCUUGGCCCUGCUGUUUGAGAAGUGUGAACAGUCCACGCUUAGCUCUGAUUGCAUCACCUCUGCAAGCUUUGACGUGGACAUUGAGAACUUUGUGCGCAAUCAGGAAAAGGAGGGCAAACCCUUCUUCAGCGAGGACCCUGAACUUGACAACUUGAUGGUGAAAGCCAUCCAGGUGCUGCGGAUCCACCUGCUGGAGUUGGAGAAGGUGAGUGACCUGUGUAAGGACUUCUGCAGCCGCUACAUUGCCUGCCUCAAGACCAAGAUGAACAGCGAGACUCUGCUGAGUGGAGAGCCGGGAAGCCCGUACUCCCCCAUACAAGGCCAGGCCCAGAGCUUCUCACCCACCAAGACUCAGACCCCCAGCUCUAUCUCGGGUACCAUCAGUCCCCAAGGUCAAAUCAUGGUGCCGGCAUCAGCACUGCAGCAAGGGAAUGUUACUGUGACAGCCGUCAACCCCACCCAGGUGGUUGCAGGUGGCACAGUGUACCAGCCUGUUACAGUCGUCACUCCUCAGGGCCAGGUGGUAACACAGGCUCUUUCUCCUGGGACAAUACGCGUCCAAAACAAUCAGCUCCAGCUGCAAUUCCACCAGGACCUGAACCUCUUUAAUCACGAUGACAACUCAACCAAGAACAAACGUGGCGUCUUACCCAAACACGCCACCAAUGUCAUGCGGUCGUGGCUCUUUCAACACAUUGGGCACCCAUAUCCAACAGAGGAUGAAAAGAAACAGAUUGCCACUCAGACAAACUUGACACUGCUGCAGGUCAACAACUGGUUUAUAAAUGCACGGAGGCGGAUCCUACAGCCUAUGUUGGACGCCAGCUCCUCUGAGACACCAAAAGCCAGAAGAAGACCCCUCAAAACCGACCGCUGCAGCGCUUCUGGCCGGACUCCAUUGCUGCCGGGGGAGGCACUCACCAGCAGGUUACCAUGCCAGACGUGUCCACUGCAACAGAUUCAAAGUUCAAGAUCCACCUUGAUACUUAUAUGCAUUGCAUGUUUGAUACCAACCUUCUUUUACAUCUUUUUCAAUUAAACUGCAUUCUCUCUUUC